AUGCGGGAGACAUGCAGUUGCAAGGGUGAAGAACCUUUACUUUACCGCUGCCGGGAUUGCUUUGGAGCAGAAAUGGUGUGCCAUGCAUGUGUCCUUCAAUGGCAUGCACAUAGUCCACUCCAUAGAAUUGAGCUGCGCAUCCAGCUUGGUCACAAUCCAGGAGAGACAUGUUAUAAUCCUGAACCUGCUGCUGGCAAUGAUUUCGUUGUCAUAGACGUCCACGGUAUCCAUGAAAUUGGCCUUGACUUUUGCAGCUGUGAAACAGCCCAAAUUCAUUACAAACAACUUAUUCAUACUCAAUGGUUUUUAGCUACUGCUAUGAAUCCUCAAACUGCUGCCACAUUUGCACUCAUGGAGUUCUUCUACUUCCUCGCAUUUGAAUCAAAGGUAUCCGCAUAUGAAUUUUACCACAGUAUCACUAGACGGACAGAUAACACCAGCAUCACACCAAUUAGGAUGCUCAAGCGAGCAGGAAGAGGUCACAAUCCCAGUGGUGUGGAUGCAACUUCUGCUGGCAAAUGUGCUGUACUCUGUCCAGCAUGCCCUCACCCAGGAAAAAAUUUACCCAAGGGCUGGGAAGAUGCACCACAUGAUAUCAGAUGGAAGUAUGCUCUUUUCCUGGCCAUUGAUGCCAAUUUUUGGCUUAAGCGGAAGCUUGUCUCAAGCGACAAUGUCGAUCCAAGUCUCAAUGCCAGCUCAUGCUACUUUGUUGAAGAUACUGCAUACACACAAUAUUUGAGCGAGCAUGGCUGUGAGCUGCAGGAGAAAAGCACAUGUGUCAGUCAUAACACCGUGAACAUGGCUGACACAAAAUCAUCGAGGGGUCUUGCAGCCAUGGGUGUUGGGACCAUGGACUGUGCAAGGUAUGAUAUGAAACUUCCUAACAGAGUUGGUGAUUUGCAGAAAGGUGAAAGAUAUCUAAACAUGGACUAUCUGGUCUUUUCAGUGAUGGUCAGCUUUGCCAUAGUUAUAUUCAAUCUAUCAUAUGACAUCGCCUGCCAAUGGCAUAAAAAACUAUGGCCUCACAUGGCAUCAAUGCCACCCCGACUGCACCUCAGCCGCAAAAACAAGAUCAUUCUUUUUUUUAAUGUUGGACAUACAGAUGGAGAAGCACCUGAGAGAGGGUGGGCAAACAUUAAUUGUAAAUGGGGCCAGGAGCAGUGCUGUGAUACUUUGGACGAUCAUUUUUCAGACUGGAAUUGGAAAAAAGUCACCAUGCUCAGCAUGCUCCGCAAAGUCAAAGAAGCCUCAAGGAGGGCUAAGCUCCAUCGAGAAGAACUCGACAAACUUCAACAAUCGAUUCCGGCAUCAUCGCUCUCUAUGUGGAAGUCAGAAAUUGAGGCAUGGGAGGAGGAUAACACACAGCCCAACCCGUUUGAGAGCAGGCUGGCCGAAAAGGAGGCUACAGACUUACAAGCUGGUGCAGAUGUCUCAUUGCACGCCAACAUUUCUCCAAGUGUCCUCAUCGCAUCAGGCAUUGACCUACAGGAUCAGCAGCGGUGUUUGGCCGCAGACAUUUCUUCACUGGGUCAGCAUGCGACCGACACACAGAAGACCAAGGUACUCAAUCAAAGCAAUGCUCUACAACAUCAAUUGGAUAAUUGGGCUCAAAUCCAACUCGACCCGCACCUUCCUUGCGACCAAAGACUUUGUGAAUGUGAAUGGGAACUCCGGUAUGCUCAAGCCCAUGAUGCAUUGAACGAUGUUCAACAGCACAUUCACCUAUUCACCCACCUCAACGCAUUCAGGAUGGCAAAUGUACAGGGUCAACGUGCCUCCACUCAUGCAUGCACCACUCUCAAUCUUGCAGCUGAGAAGAAGCAUGCAAGCAAGGCUAAAUACAACGCUGCCCGGGAUGCACUUACUGUUGGCUGGAGCGAUAUCUUGCACCCUCUUGCAUGGACCGAUAUGAGACCCAUGGGUGACUUCAUUCAAGGACAAUCCGAAGGUACUCAUGAUAUACCGUGGAUAUGGAAGACACCUGGAGUGCUGCAAGACGACGACGAGGGACUUCAAGAUUGUCUUUGCAUUGAGUGGUGCAAGGCAAGAGCGCGAGAGGCACGUUGGUCUGAAGAAGUACUGCUGUUGCUUGAAGAGAUGCAGAGGGUAUUGACAUUCUUAACUUGGCAGGGUACAUGGUGGUCUGGGCUGGCCUCGGCUCGGCAUUUCAAGAGAUUGGCUGACAGCAAAGGGUCCAGGGCAUAUGCAAACCGGCAAUCCGCGCUCCGUGAAGCUAUGGUAGAAAAGUUCAGGCAAUGCUGGGCCACUCACACUGGGAAUGGCUGA